AUCCAGGCUCCUGGGAUUGCAAUUCUCCUUCGACAGGGAGAAUGCAGUCGAAACUUCGCGAUCCACAUCUCAAGUGACCUCAUCGUGAUACAAACGAUUAAAUUUCUCUUCUAAAAGAAUUUGACUAGUUUAUAAUGCUUAUACGCAAGGGGUAUCGAGAAACCUGAGUAGUUUCUGUUGUGAUCAUUUUAAUGUUCAUAUUCAGGCCAAAUGUUUCCCUGCUAUUCACAUCAAGCAUGUUAUGGAGCCAUGCGUGGGACAGUAUAGUGGAGUAUUACAACAAAUGUGUUGGUGUUCCGUUGCAACUUCUCCCAACAGUUCUCGGUUUGAAGCUGGCUGUUGAUCUCGAAUUGGGAAGCAAAAAACUUCCGGACAAAUUAGACUCUACUGAGGAGACUCUUUGCUCGGUGAAAGCGGACCCUAAAAGGACUUUAUUGACUAUAGAUAAAGCCACUGACGUUGUCCAAGCGCUAAUGCGUCUCACAGAGCGUUGCUUCAAUCUAGCGAAUGAAAUCAUUCAUUACACUGGCGUCACUUCACCAUCACCUCUGACCUUGCUUCGAAUCAUACAUCAGGCACAACCACUCUUCAAGGGAGAAGGUCAUAUCAAUUUUAAAGUUAGCUGUUAG